AUGAGCGACGUCGCUAACGAGCAAGUGGACGAAGCAGUUGUGCCAGCACCCUCGGAAACCCCUUCUGAGGCCAUGGACACUGUGGAAGCAAACAAGUUGACUGAAGAGUCAACAAAGGAGGACGGGCAAGCUGUGCUUCCAUCAAGUGUAGAAGAAAGUGAGAAAAGGUCGGAAAGCAAGGAAGCUUCGCAGGGCCCUGUUGACUCGAAUAAAACAGCUACUCUAGCCGCAAAUCGCUCUGCACCAACGGUGCCAACGCGUCAAUACUUGGAUCAAACUGUGGUGCCAAUUCUUCUACAAGGACUUGGUAGUCUUGCAAAAGAGCGUCCCGAGGAUCCAAUCACUUUCCUGGCCAAUUUCUUGCUCCGCGAGAAGGAAAAGUACACUGCGGCAGUCAGCGCAGAUCGUAACAAAGUCAUGGAGGUACCUCAGAACAAACUAUUUGUCGGAAAUUUGCCGGAAAAUUGUGAUCCGAAUAAGUUGAAACAAAUCUUCUCAACUCAUAUCCGUGUGACUCACUGUGAUUUGGUUAAGAACUACGCUUUUGUGCAUGUCGUUCCUGAAGAUACACCAAAGAUUAACGAGAUCAUCAAAAAGCUUGAUGGUUAUAUGUACGAAGGGAAGAUGUUGAAUUUAAAGAGCUCAACGUCGAAAAUGCGUGGAACGGUGGCUGGACAAGAAACAACAUGUUUUCGCUGUGGAGAAAACUCGCAUCGGACAAUGAAUUGCCCUAAAAAUGACACGCCGCAUUCACUUCUGACUGAAGUUGUUCGUGUGGAUUUGACGGGAAAAAGAAGCGCAAGUUCUGCCGAUGGCCCGGAUGCCAAACGAUUGUGUGAACAAAUAGCUACAGUUGAUCAAGAAUUGGGACGUCCAAUUGACGCAGAACUUCUUCCAUUGUACAAUCAGUAUGUUGAUGCUCGAAAUAAGUAUACCUAUUGCAAGGAUCGCUUGAUUCGAGAACAGCAAGCUCGCAAUCGACUUGUUGCGUACACUUCAGGAACUAUUGUUCCAACGCUUACGGGACCGGCGCUUACACCACAAACUGUAGCUGCUGCCACGUAUGCUGGUACCCAAGCCCAACCGACCACAUAUACCCAGACCCAGCAGCCAGUCACUGUUCAGGCUUUGCCACAAGCAGCACCUUAUACGAUUGUGCAAACAGCGCAAGGACAAACAGUACUCUAUCCAACAUCUCAGGUUGCCGGGCAAACGGUUUUUUAUGCUCAACCAGGAGCCGCACAACAACAGGUUGGACAACAUGGAACAGCAGCUGUUGGUCAACCGCAACAAACUUAUUCGGCACAGCCACAGGCGGCUGGUGCCACUCCUUCAGCACCAUAUGCGACAAUGGUAAAUGCGCAAGCUUAUGCACCUUCAGCACAGACGGCAAGUGGAGUUAUGAGUAGCGGAACAUCGUAUCAAACUCAACAGGCUCCGUACAGCAGUUCGGUGGUGACAUCAAUGGCAGGAGGCUCUCAUACAGCGACUACCCAUCAGUAUUCAUCGACAACUUCCGGUCCACAAGCUCCUUAUCAGUCAAGCACUCCUUGGAUGCAGUCGACAAUGGUUCCAAGAAAU